AUGAAGGAAGAAACUAAAGAGAUACCAACUGACAAGUUGGAUAAUAAAGAUAAUGAAGUCAAGAAUGAAAACCCUGCAAAGAAAUACUCGGUCAAGUUUAAAAGAUCAAGGUCAACAAGAGCUUGUGAAGUUUGUCAUAGUCGGAAAGUUAGAUGUGAUGCUAUGAUUCAUAUACCGUGUACAAAUUGUUUAACAUUUGGUUGUGAAUGUAAAUUCCCAGAACCUAAAGUAAGGAAGAAUGCUAAAAAGAAUAAAAAUGAUCCAAAGCAAAAUGUGAAUAAUCAAUCAAUAUCUACCCCUUUUAAUGCUCAACUUUCUUCUUCAUCUUCAAAUUCAAUUCCGUUAAAUAAACAAGAUCAACAUCAUCAACAACCCCAACAAUCAGUUGAUUCACAACAACAAUCAACUCCACAAUCAUCUAAAAAGAAGAAUGAACCUGUUGUUGCAGUCUCUGCUCAAACUGCAAAGAUUGAUCAAGCCAAAUUUUCUCAAAAAAUGGCUUCAGUUUCAUUUAUUGGUACUUCAUCUGCUGCUAAUUUAUUAUCAGAUCAUUCAUAUACUUCAUCUCAUAGAAUAGUUCGUGAUGAAUUCGUACCUCCAGAAUUAAAACAAGUCAUAGAUAUGACAAGAAUUGGUCUUGAUACUGUUCAAAUGGAAAUUUUAAAAGUUCGUGGUGCUUUUUUAUUACCUGAAAAACAAUUAUGUGAUGAUUUAAUAAAUACUUUUUUCAAAAAAGUUUGGCCAUCAGAACCUGUUAUUGAUAAAGAUGAAUUUAUGAAAAGUUAUAAAGAUGGUUCAAUUUCUAUAUUAUUAUUACAAGCUACGCUAUUAUCUGCUUCAAGAGUCUCAGGGAAUCCAAGUCUUUAUGAUUCUGAAGGUUCAAAUUAUUUAGCAAGUUGUACUUUUUAUCAACGUGCUAAAGCUCUUUAUGAUGCAAAUUAUGAAAGAGAUCCAUUAACUCUUGUUCAAUCACUUUCUCUAUUAACAAAAUUUUGGGAAGGUUUAGAUGAUAUUUUGGGUAAUAGUUAUUAUUGGACUCGUAUUGCUAUUGCCGUGGCUCAUGGUUAUGGAUUCCAUAGAUCUUUAAAUGAAGCUGUAUUAAGUGAUCGUGAAAAAAAUACUUGGAAAGUUUUAUGGUGGAAUUUAUAUAUUAAAGAUAUAUCAACUUCAGUUGCUUUUGGAAGACCAAAUGUUAUUCAUUUAGAAGAUUGUGAUGUUGAAAUGGUUAAAUUAGAAGAUUUUGAUCAUAAUUUACCUUAUGAAGAUGCUGAAUCUUUUAUUCAAUUGAUUAAAUUAUCAGAAAUUAUGUCAAUUGUAUUACAAGAACAAUAUAGUGCUAAAGCUGAAAGAUUAAGACAUCGUGAAAAUUGGGUUAUUACUCAUUGUGAUAUGCUAAUGAGUUCUUGGAGAAAUAAUUUACCAUCAGAAUUACAAUAUUCACCAACUAAAAAAUUUAGUUUAAAUGUAAAUUGUUUAAAUUUAUAUUAUUAUAGUGCAGUUUGUCUUGUUCAUCGUUCAAAUAUGGUUAGAACUGCAACUUUACAUGGGAAAUCUUAUCCUUCAGAAGGGAUUGUUUUCCAAGCUUCAAGAAUUAUUGCUGAUAUAAGUGCUAAAAUGUUAAAAUAUAAUCAAGUUAGAUAUGCAGGUUCAUUAAUCAUUCCAACUUUAUUUAUUGCUUCUAUGACUUUUAUAUGUCAUUUAGAAUCUCCAAACAAGACAAUUGCAAGAACUGCAAGAUUAGGAUAUGAAGUUUUAUUUAAAUCUCUUGAAGAAAUUGGUAAAAAUUAUUUAAUUGCAGUUGUAAUUGCUCAUAAUAUUAAAAUGUUGGCAAAUGAUAAUAAAGCAAGACAAAAUUUAUUAGGUCAUUUAGCUAAAAGAAAUAUUAAUGAUGAAAAACCAAGAGAAUUAAGUAAUGUUCAAAUUAAUCCAAAUGAUUUCCCUGUUAAACCUUUAAAUUCUGAUGCUGAUCAUCAUCAAAUUCCACCUCAACAACAGCAACAACCAAUCCAUCCCCAAGCAAUUCAACAACAAAAUCAAUCUUUAAAUUAUCAUCAAUCUGAAUUUAAAUAUCCAUCUGGUGGUACUCCAGUAACAACACCUGGUACACAACCUCAAUCAACUUUCCAAACACCAAAUAAUGGAGGUCCAAAUGGUAAUGGUAAUUUAGAAUUCCCAGAUUUAUAUCUAUUUACAAAUACAUUACCAUCAAGUUCAUGGAAUAAUUUUAAUCCAUCAGAAUUAUUCCCAAAUCCAAAAGAUCUUCAUGUUAACACAUCAGGAACAUCUCAUUCAACUCACCAUCACCAUCAUCAUCAUCAACAACAACAACAACAACAGAAUGCUACAACUGCUACACCAUCUAAUCUUCAUCAUCAAACUCCACAUCAGGCAAGAACUGAUUCUUCAUCAGGUUCUUUACCAAACAGAUCACCAACUGAUUUAUUUGAUGAUGUUAAUGUUGAUGGAUUUGAUCCAAAUGGGUUUGAUUUUAAUUUACCAGAAUUUGAUUUCCAAAAUUUUAAUAAUUCAAUUUCUUUACAAAAUAUUGCUUCAAUUAAUGAUUUUUUUAAUCCAAAUACUCCAAGUGCUACUGGUGGUAAUCAAAGUACAAAUCAAAGUCCUGGUAAUACUAAUUUCCAAUGA